AUGGCUUCGCAAUGCCUGAGACCCCAACCACAGAUGGGCGACAGAGGAGUUCGGAGGGCGGAGAGGAAGAGAACACCGACGGGGCAAGGAGAAGCCGGAUCGUGCUGCCGGAAACGGCCGCGGGUUGCAGCGACGGAGUUGCCGGCAAAGGAGGAGAGGGUCGAUUACUUCAAAAGGCUGCCGGAUGACAUCAUUGUGUCCGUGCUUUCCAAGCUCAGCUCCUCCGCUGAUAGUCCUUCGGAUCUUUUCAGCUCCAUGUUGACGUGUAAGCGGUUUCAUGUUCUGGGGCAACAUCCGCUGGUUUUGUCUAUGGCCAGCUCCAGAUGCCUCGCUGUUAGUGCGAAGACGUGGUCCGAUUCGUCUCAUGGAUACCUCAAGCGUUGUGUAGACUGCGGAAAUCUUGAUGCCUGCUACAUGUUGGGAAUGAUAAGAUUUUACGCUCUGGAGAAAAGAGGGAGCGGCGCGUCGUUGAUGGCUAGGGCGGCCAUCGGAUCGAACCCGGCAGCGCUGUACUCGUUGGCGGUAAUCCAAUUCAAUGGCAGCGGAGGGUCGAAGAAUGACAAGGAUCCCCGGGCUGGCGUUGCCCUGUGCGCCCGUGCGGCUUUUCACGGCCACGUUGACGCCCUGCGAGAGCUCGGGCACUGCCUCCAGGACGGCUAUGGCGUCCGUAAGAACGUCUCCGAGGGCCGCCGCUUAUUAGUCCAGGCCAACGCCCGGGAGCUCGCGGCCGCCAUCUCGUUCUUGCCUGCAUGGCAGAAGCAGCGUCGCCCGCCCACAGCAGCGGGGGUCACGGUGGCGGGUGAAACGCUACCAGGGUGCUGCCCCCUCCUCAGCGACUACGGUUGGAAUUUGCCGGCGCCGGAGCCGCAUCCAGCCAACCAGUUCCUGAAGGAAUGGUUCGAGGCGAGGGCAGGGUCGGCGGCGGAGGGUCUGAGGCUCUGCUCCCACCGCGGCUGCGGGCGGCCUGAGACACGCAGGCACGAGUUUCGGCGUUGUUCGGUGUGCGGCUUAGUCAAUUACUGCUCGAGGGCAUGUCAAGCUCUGGAUUGGAAGCUGUCGCACAAGGCGGAGUGCUUCCCGAUGAAUCCACAGGCUUUCGAUGGCGGCGUCGGCGCCGGCGCGGCCGCCGGAGACGAUGACGCCGUCGUGAUUGAGGAGGCGUAG